UACAGAGGAAACUGUUGCGCACACAGAAGAAACCAUAUGGAUUUUAUCCACAACUUUGGUGUACUGGUUAUACAACACCUGCAGAGCAACUACAGGGAAUACUACAGCUUCCUUAACUUCAUGUCAGCAGUGGGUGAUCCUCGUAAUAUUUUCUCAGUUUAUUUUCCUCUUUGGUUCCAUUUCAGUCAUAAUGUUGGAACCAAGAUGAUUUGGGUAGCUGUUAUCGGAGACUGGUUCAAUCUCAUUUUUAAAUGGAUUCUGUAUGGGCAAAGACCAUAUUGGUGGGUAAAGGAAACAUACCUGUACCACAACAAUUCAAUACCACACCUGGAUCAGUUUCACUUAACUUGUGAAACCGGGCCAGGUAGUCCAUCUGGCCAUGCCAUGGGCUCAUCAUGCGUGUGGUAUAUGAUGAUCACCUCUGCUCUAAACUUUGCCAGACCCUCCAGUGUCUCAUCUGUUCGGAGCGUUCAGAGGUUUCAUGUCUUGAGAUCCUGCUUGUGGAUGACUUUUUGGGUCAUUCAGAUAAGUGUUUGCCUCUCAAGGGUUUUUAUUGCAACACAUUUCCCACAUCAGGUCAUCUUUGGUCUUGUCACCGGUAUGUUGGUUGCUGAAGUCUUUGAUCAUAUCCCUUCAGUCUACAAUGCAAGCUUGAAAGUGUACCUCCAGGCCAAUGUUUUCCUUCUCUCCUUUGCUAUGUGCUUUUAUCUGCUCCUCAAACUCAUGGACAUUGAUCCUUUGUGGUCAGUCAAUAAAGCCAAAAAGUGGUGUGCAAACCCAGAUUGGAUCCAUCUUGACACCACACCUUUUGCUGGUCUGGUGAGAAACCUAGGAGCCUUGUUUGGUCUUGGACUAGCAGUGAACUCCGAUAUGUUCGCUCAGAGCUGUAAGGGGAAGAAUGGCUGCAAAACUGUGUUCAAACUCAUGUGCAUCGCAGCAACCCUGACAUUUCUGCAGCUGUACGACUUAAUCAAAAUGCCCACUGACAGCGAAGCUCUGUUCUACUUGCUUUCAUUUUGUAAAAGUGCCUCAGUACCUCUUGGUGUAGUGGCUGUCAUCCCUUACUUUGUUCAUUUGCUGAUUAAAGGUGAGGAGACAAAGCUAGCUUAGACUGUUCAAACAGUUCCAUUUUGUAAUGUGGAACCCAAUACUCUGUGAUUGGAGUCAAGUCAUUUCAAGUAGGGUCAGUCCCGGUGGCAGAAAGUGAAUACACAGAACACAGACUCUUUCAGACGGUUCUCCCUUUAUUCACAGUCAUGCAAGCACUGAACACCACAACAUGUUAGGAUAUUAGGACACUAUUGGGUUUAAACGGCUCAUUUGUUUUGACAUUGUUGAAUAUCACCUGCAGCCUUUUUGUGGUUCUGUCGUUUCUACGCUUUUUACAUUCACAAUCUGUAUACCUGAAACACUGCUGGAAUUGAUUAUUUUGUCAUUAAAGUUAUGCUUUUUAAAGUAAACAACACUGUAUUAAGUUUGUGAUUUCAUUCCAAGUUCCCCCUCCAAAUGCAAGUUGGGGCUCAUUUGAAGUGCAAAUGUUCAAGAAAGGUUUUAGAAGUUC